AUGUCGGCCGCCACCCCCAUCCCGCUGUCCAUCCAGAAGCAACCCCAGUCGAGAUACCCUACCGACCCGUCUGGUGACACUUCGCCUACCGACGGUUCCCGUACUGCCUCCCCUCAUUCGUCCGCCUGCUCUUCCUCCCAGAACUCGCGGUCCAGCAGCCGUCGUCGGGAGUCCUUCGGCUCCAUCAAGGAGGACGUGGAUGGCAUUGCACAAUCCUUCGUUGAUACCCAUUUGGAUCAGGACCAGUCUCCCCAGGAACCCCCCAAACGCAACCCUCUCGAGAUGCAGCCCGACUUCUGUUGCCCAUGUGGCGGCUUUCUAGGCUGGAAGCAGAUCCGGCUGGGCGGCAAGAGUCUGAGUCGAAGCUACAGCGAUCUCCGCGGUCUAGGCAACAUGCAGGCACGCGGCUGGGCCUGGGAUUCGACGCCACCGGUGGUCUCCCCACCGAGCAAGCCGUUGCCGGUCGAGGAGAAGCAACUGCAGGUGCAGGUGCAGGUGCAGGAAGAACCGCAAGAGGUGGAAGUGGAGCAGAAGCCGGCUGCUGGCACAUCUGCCCUGGAAAGACUUCCCCCGGAGGUUCUUGAUUAUUUGAUUUCCAUGCUCGCACUCGAUGUCCCCCCUAACGGAUAUACUCCUCGGAAUGUCGACCUGAUUUCGUGCCUGCUGACCUCCAAGACAUUGCACGCGGCCACCCUGAGUGUGUUGUACCGGAACAUGACCUUUCCCCACUCCAUCAUCUUCUCCAAAGCGCUCAACCACAUCGCUCGCUAUCCUGCCUUGGGCACCUUGGUGCGCCGUCUGGACUUUUCGCACUUUACCUCGGUUGGACUGGGACGCACCAAGCAGAUGAACGCGGAAAUUCAGAAUCUCACCUCCAAGACCCUCCUGCAGUGCUUGGAGCUGCUGCCCAACCUGAAGGAAUGCUUGCUCCAGGAGCAUGUCGAGGGCGAUAUCAGCUUGGAGGUCCUUCAGAAGUUGUUCACCGGGCUUCCGAACCUGUUUGCGGUCGACUUUUGCGGUUGCUCUUCGCAGUCCUUCUCCAGCCUCUUCCUGGAGUCUCUGAUUUCCGGCCCCCCUGGUCUUCCGCUGACCCUGCCGAACUUGCGACGUGUGUCGCUUCACGAGUGCAGCAGUCUGCCUGCGGCGGCUUUUGAGAUUCUUCUGCCUCGUCUGGUCAACCUUACCCACCUCGAUGUUACCCACACGCAGAUCAGCGAGGACGCUCUGUUUUCUAUUCCCGAGUCCGCCAAGAUCACUCACCUGAGUUUGUCCCGGUGCAGCCGUCUGCGGGGCUCCCGGGUGGUCGAGUUUCUGUCCACUCAUCCCGCCGUUCGGGACUCGCUGGUGUUCCUGAACUUGUUGACGGAUCCCACCCGGUCGCGGCUCCUGGAGGAGGAGAAUGUGGAGGCGCUUCUUCCCAACCUGCCCACCACGCUUCGCUCUCUGAACCUUGGCGGGGCCAAGGUCACUUCGGCCCACACCAAAGCCUUGCUCCCUCUGACGAAGCACCUGGAAGAGCUGGGCUUGAGUUCCUGCGAGCUCACUGGUCAGGAUCUCAACACGUUCUUUGUCCCGCCCCGACCGGUGGACGGGGAGUCAAUCUCCGAGCCGUGGGUCCCGUCCACGCUCUGCUAUCUGGACCUGAACAAGGCCAACCAACUGACGAUCGGCACCAUCUUCAACCCGAACUCGUGCGUGAUUCUGACUCCCCAGAGCUACCCGCUGCAGGUCAUCGAGUUCAGCGACAAGCUGAUCGCUCCGCUGCGGGAACGGUCUCGGAACGCGCGCACCUCGCCCGGCUGGGCGGUGCGGGAGCUGGGCCGUCGGGGCUGGUACGUGCGGGAGAAAUCCUCGAUGCCCGAGGUGACCCCCGAUGAUGGCGCGCGGUCCUGGAAGAUGGGCGCGCGCUGGUGGGGCAUGCGCAAGAUCCCGGUGGCUGUGGGCGACGUGGGCGGUCUGUACGGCCACUACAUGUUCAAGAAGUGA